AUGCACUGCUCCCUCCCCAAAACACCACCCCCAAAGGCGGCCGCGGACGCGAUCCUGUCUCUGGACCGCACCGCGUUUGAGAGCGCGGAGGACGUGAGCACCCUCAUGCAAUGCCUGCCCAGUGAGGACGAGAGGAGCACCCUGCAGGCCUACGUGGCGUCUGGCAAGCCGGUGGAGGUCCUGUCAGAGGCGGAGCGCUUUGUGCUGUCGCUGAUGGCCGCGCCGCGCGCCGCGACGCGGCUUAGGGCCUUCAGUAUGCGGUUCGUCAUGGCCGAGAAGCAUGCGGAGGCGGCGGCCGUGUUCACGGACCAUGCCAAGGCGGCGCGCGAGCUCGUCAACAGCCGCACCCUGCGCCUCGCGCUGUCCGUCGCCCUCGCCGCCGGCAACUUCCUCAACCACGGCUCCCGCCUGGGCGCAGCCGCCGGCUUCCGCCUGAAGAGCCUCAACAAGCUCGCCGACAGCCGCAGCGGCGACGGCAAGUCCACGCUGCUGCAGGCCGUCGCGCGCGAGGUCUGCGCGCGUCUGAGGGCGGAGGACGGCAAGGGGGAGGGCAGCGAGGUCGGCUUGCUGGUGGACGAGCUGCCGCAUGUCGUCAGCAGCCGCCUCAAGAGCAGCCUGCAGGAGGCGGGCGAGGGGCUCGGGCAG